GCUGCUGCUGCUGACCUUAACUUUAAAAACAAAACUAUCGGUCUCACAGCUUUUGAGCAGCGACAAGCCUAGCAGCCUAAUACUGUAAGUCAAUCACCCAGUAACUGAGUGACGUAUGUUUCACUUCCUUUCUCUGUUAUUUCUGGAUAUAUGUGUUUGUGUGCAGAACAAUAAACUUCAUGAUGCUGCAUUGCUAAGAGGAAAUACUGGCCCACUGGCCACUGAGAUGUUUGUACCUGCUACAGGGCAGAAUAGCUCUGUACUGUGAAGUGUGUCGAGUCAAUAUGGAGUUACUACCUAGUAGAUGUUUUGUUGGGAUUUGACCGUCAGCCCGAGAGAAGCAGACGUCCUUCAUCGAUGGCCACUUCUGAAAGAAAUAACAAAAUUCUCCUUGAUUUGGUGCAACAGCCGGGUAACAACUUGUGUGCUGACUGUGGAGCUCCUGACCCUGACUGGGCUUCUUACACUCUCGGUGUCUUUGUGUGCCUGAACUGCUCGGGGAUUCAUCGUAAUCUACCCGCAGUCAGCAAAGUGAAAUCCAUACGGCUGGAUCAUUGGGAAGAUUCACUUGUAGAGUUCAUGCAAGAGAAGGGAAAUUCUGCUGCCAAAGCUAUUUUUGAGAAGUGUGUCCCAGUCUUUUUCUACCAACCACAGCAGAAAGAUUGCGUCGUUCUUAAGGAUCAGUGGAUCCGUGCCAAGUACGAAAGACGGGAAUUCACGGGAGAAAACAUCUACUUUCAAAAAGUGUACAGUGCAGAACUGUUUGAGGCAACACUAUGGAAGAAAGGCAAAGAAAGCAAGCAGUUCCUUAAAAGCACCUUCCUGCUCUCACAGAAAGACUUCACCCUCAGAUACUUCAUCAAAGAGGAUUCCAAGGUUCCCAAAGCUGUCAUCAACAUGAAGGAUCUGAAUGCAGUCUUCCAACCAGAGAAGAUUGGUCAUGCUAACGGUUUGCAGAUCUCCUAUGUGGAUGAUGAACGCUCAAAGAACCUUUUUGUGUACCACGAGGACGGGCAGGUGAUUGUGUCUUUUUUCAAUGCUAUUCGGGCAACACGUUUGGCAUACCUCCUGAAGAAAAACCCCACUCUUCAAGAAAAAGACUUAAAACAUCAGCUAACACCACAUUGCCUGAAGGAGGGAUACAUGGAGAAAACUGGUCCGACGCAACGGGAGCCAUUCAAGAAGCGCUGGUUCACGCUGUGCUCAAUGAACAGAAAGCUUCUAUACUUUAAAUCUCCACUGGAUGCUACAGAGCGGGGGGCUGUCUUCAUCGGCACAGAGAGCCACGGAUACUCUGUUUCAGAAAUCACCAGCCGCAACUCGAGGGGAAGCCGGUGGCACUGCGGGAUCUCACUGGUGACUCCGGAUAGGCAGUUUGUUUUUAUGUGUGAGCAGGAGCAGGAACAGAGCGAGUGGAUAAUGGCUUUCAGAAAGGUCAUCUCUCAACCCAUGACACCAGAAGACUACGCUAAUGAGGCCAACCUGAGGAGAGGAAAAUGACUCGUUUCCUUUUUUGCAAGGAAAUUAAAAUACUGUUUGGGGACAGAACAGACCUGAAGCUUUUCUCCACAAAGAUGCGCCUGAACCUGUCAGUGUGGCUAGAAACACAAUUACAGACAGGACCACAGACCGACUAAGACGCUUAUUGUCUACAAUGUGGAGAAGCUACAGUCACCGCAGAGACUUUGUUUCUCUGUAACAUCCAUGCACAUUAAAAGCAGUGUCGCCUGAUUUUGAUGCACUUUUGUUGAAAUUAAUGGCAGCGUUCCUUUGUAAUACAUUAUAAAGUCACUGAAAACAGACAUUGUAUUUAUUAAUAUAAAGACUGAAAUGGCUAUUUUGUAAAUAUUUUGUUAUCUUUGAUGUACUUAGAUACUUUUUUGUUUUUGUAGCUGUCUGUGAAUUUCUUAUACUCAUAAUUUAAAUAAACUUGA